UUUGUCAACCACUCUUGUAAUGUAACAGGAGCACCUGAAAAGGAGUGGCAUUUAAAUGUAGACUUACUGUCUUUUCUCUCAUUCUCCCUUUGGAUAACACAACACCGGUGCAAUCAUUCCAAAAGAACUAUAGGUUUAUCAGCAAAGAACUCUUGGCUGGGUGUUCUUUAUAGCACUUUGCUGUGUUUAUUUAUUUAUUUGUUUUAACAUUUGUUUAUUUUGGAUUUGAUUUCUUGAUGAAUCUUUGUGCAAAAUAUUUCGUUGGAUUUGUUUUUAAUUCGUAUGGUAUUAAUUAAUAAGAGCAGAAAAAUAUGUGCUUUACUUGGUGCAGAAUGUGCAUCUCUUUUACUGGUGUAAUGUCGUUCACUGACAAAGUGUUUAUAAAAUAAGAUUCAGUUGAGGCCAGGCUAAGAACCUAUAAAAUAGUGAACGACUUUAUGAACGAACCCAAUGAACAUUCCCAUAGAGUUUGUGCUUAUUUGAAUCAACGUAAUGAUGCGUUCCUUUGUCUGUAUGAAUCUUGGAUUCCAGUAGAAAGCAAACGUUUUUUGAAAACAAAAAUGGACUGGCCCAUAAGAAGUAUGGCGGAUUACUUAAUUACUGGUGGCACUGGUUACGUACCAGAUGAUGGAAUGACUGGUGCCCAGUUGUUUGGCUCAGGAGAUGGCCUUACUUAUAAUGAUUUCUUAAUUCUUCCUGGCUUUAUUGAUUUUGCUGCUAAAGAUGUUGACCUUACUUCUGCACUAACUAAAAACAUUAGCCUGAAGGCUCCCCUUGUGUCAUCACCAAUGGACACAGUUACAGAAUCUCAGAUGGCUAUUGGCAUGGCUCUGUGUGGAGGUGUUGGAGUCAUACACCAUAACUGUAAACCAGAGUUUCAAGCAAAUGAAGUUAGAAAGGUUAAGAAAUAUGAGCAAGGUUUUAUCUUAGACCCCAUCGUCAUGUCCCCCAAGCACACCGUGGCUGAUGUUGUUUCAGCCAAGAAACAGUUUGGCUUCUCUGGCAUCCCCAUCACUAAAAAUGGUCACAUGGGACAAGAGUUGGUUGGUCUGGUCACACAGAGAGACAUAGAUUUCUUGUCUCCUAGUGAAUACUCCACCUGUUUGGCUGAUGUUAUGACACCAGUGGAGGAUUUGGUUGUUGCUAAAGCUAAUGUUACGCUGAAAGAAGCAAAUCUUAUUUUACAGAAGAGCAAGAAAGGGAAAUUACCAAUAAUAAAUGAUCAAGGAGAGCUUGUGUCUCUGAUUGCCAGAACUGACAUGAAGAAAAAUAGAGAAUUCCCUUUGGCUUCUAAAGAUGAAAAAAAACAAUUGAUUGUUGGUGCUGCAGUUGGCACUCAUGAAGAUGACAAGGAAAGAAUUAACCAGUUAGUUGCGUCUGGUGUGGAUUUCUUGGUCUUGGAUUCCUCCCAAGGCAACUCUGUCUAUCAGAUUAAUCUCAUCAGAUAUAUCAAACAAAAUUUUCCAGAUACCCAGAUUGUUGGUGGGAAUGUUGUGACAGCUGCUCAGGCCAAAAACUUGAUUGAUGCAGGUGUUGAUGGUCUAAGAGUUGGCAUGGGCAGUGGAUCAAUAUGUAUUACCCAAGAAAUUAUGGCUGUGGGCAGACCUCAAGGAACAGCUGUUUAUAAAGUAGCUGAAUAUGCUAGAAGGUUUGGUGUACCUGUCAUAGCUGAUGGUGGUAUCUCAUCUGUAGGACAUAUCAUUAAAGCUCUGGCUCUUGGUGCAUCAACAGUGAUGAUGGGUUCCAUGCUUGCUGGUACAUCUGAAGCUCCAGGAGAAUAUUUUUUUGCUGAUGGUGUUCGUCUGAAGAAGUAUCGUGGAAUGGGAUCAUUAGAUGCCAUGGAGCAACACAAGGCAUCACAGUCUCGUUAUUUCAGUGAAAGUGAAAAGAUCAAAGUAGCUCAGGGAGUCUCAGGUUCUAUUGUUGAUAAGGGUUCUAUUCACAAAUUUUUGCCUUACCUUAUUGCUGGAAUACAACAUGGUUGUCAGGAUAUUGGAGCUAAAAGUUUGUCUAUUCUCAGAUCAAUGAUGUAUGGAGGAGAAUUGAAAUUCGAGAGAAGAACAACAUCUGCUCAGAUAGAAGGGGGAGUACACGGCCUCCACUCAUAUGAGAAACGCCUUUAUUAACUCUUUGGAAACAUCAGACCAUCAAAGACAUCAAGAAUACUCUACCUUGUCUUCAUGGACAUUCUGCAUAAAAUACUGUUGUGACUGACAUUUACAUACAAAUAGUUUCUGUUGAAUGUUUGGAAACAUUGAGAUAGCAAUAGCAUCAAAGAACUAAUGGAAUCGCUUCUUGUUGAAGUAAAAAGAAAAACUUGAAAGGACUUUUUAUUUGAGUACAUUCCCUUUGAAUGUUUGACAUACACUUUUUUUUUUAAAGAUUAUGCUAUACAUACGAGUACAUAUUUUAGUUUCAACACAUUUUUUUUUCUCCUUAAAUUUAACUAAGUAUAGUUUUAUACAUUGUAUACAUGUAUUUUGUAACUUGUCCCACACUAAUGGAGCUCAAUAGAUGUGGCCUCUAAUAAUAUGAUAUCAUUGUGACAAAAAGGUUGUUUCAUUUAGCUCCACAGUACGUUUGGAGAGGAUUUCUUCAUUAGAACAAAAUCAAAAUUGGCUGUAAGAAAGAUAUAUUACCUAAAUGACUGUCAAUUAGUUGCAAUAGAUAUAUGUAUCACCAAAAGGGAAAGGGCUGUUAAUUAGUGGCAAUGAAUUUGCAAGUUUCUUUUAUGUCCAGUGAUUCCUUAACAAAAUAUGAUUAGCAUGUUUAUUUUUUAAAUUAAUAUUUCUAUUUUGUAUCAUCUGCUUACAGUAUUAAAGUGCAAGCAGUGUAUUACAUGAUAAUGGAAAUAUAAGAAACUAUAUAUAUUUAUAUAUUGAGAUUACACAUUGAUCAGUUAUAUUUGCAAUGAAUAAAUCAGUCAUUUUUUUUUUUUAAAUUUAAGUCAUAGCUGAUGUGAGUGACAUUUUCAUUAUUAUUAUCAACAUGUGUUGCUUAGGUGAUGUAGUUCAUCUAGCUUGAUCAUUUCCUAGUGCCUGAAUGUGUUCAAACAGAGAAGCCAGUUGUCUGCCUAUAUUGUAUUCAGCGAACAAUUUGUAUUUGUUUCAUCAUUUAUUACCUUACAUGUCUGAUGCUCACUUGGGUCAGAGUCAGAACACAUUGGAUAUGAGAUUUUCUUGUAACAGGACUAAUUGUUUGUACAGUUCAUGAUGUUAUUGUGAACAAGUUGAUCAUCUUUGUUACUGGAAAAUGUCUUAGCUAGUAGCAUGUCUCAUAGCACACAGCUUAGAGAUACGUUUAGGAAAAAAAUAAUAUUUUUCAUGUCACAAGUUUUUUUUUUUAUUUCUGUAAUUUUAUUUCUUUUGUACACUUUUGAAGCAUUUAUAAGUAUUUAUAACUUGUCUUUUUAUCUUUAUUUGUAUGGACUUGUAUUCUUGGUUUUGUUCUAGUUCUACUCUUUAGUGCUGGUUCUUCUUAUAGACACACAUUGAAAUAGUGAAAUCCAAACAUUGUAUUUUAUAGUAGAAGGGAACAGUUCCAUGAGGUCUAUGCAGCCUUUAUUAAAGUGUUUAGUUUUGUCCAUUAUACAUUUAUUUUGUUUCUUUGGAACAGCUCACAUUUUUAUCAAAUUCUUUUCAAGAAUUGUUUUUUUACUCAAUGGGUUCACAAGAUUUCAUGUUUUUGUUUAUUGGAGAUUCUGUCUGGUAUAAAAUAAAUAACACUGCUUCCAAGUAACAUGAAAAA